AGGGCAGGGCGGGUGUGCCACGCUCAGCGGCUCCUUGGAGGGCUGCGGGCCUGUGUGGAAGGUGGGGGUGGCGUCAGGGCCUGCUUCGCCCCCUCUGUUCCCAGAGCGACGGAGAUCGCAGCCCACCCUUCCUUUUCUCGUGGGGACAGCCCCUCUGUCUCGGUCCCUCGUUCCCCGCGGUGACUGCGCCUUCCCUGCAUUCAUCCAUACGUCCAUACGUUGUCCAGGGAAGGGCAGCGGAGCCGGGGGAGGGUCUGGAGCACAACUGUGAGGAGAGGUGGCUGGGGGGCUUCAGCCUGGAGAAAAGGAGACCUUCUCGCUCUCCACAGCUCCCUGACAGGAGGGGGCAGCUGGGUGGGGGUCGGGCUCUGCUCACAAGUAACAAGCGACAGGACAAUAGGAAAUGGCAUCAAGCUGCACCAGGGGAAGUUUAGGCUGGACAUCAGGAAGAAUUUCUUAUCAGAAAGGGUGGUUAAGUUUUGGAACAGACUGCCCAGGGAGGUGGUGAAGUCCCCAUCCUUGGAGGAGUCCAGGGAAAGACUGGAUGUGGCACUGAAUGCUGUGGUCUGGGUGACAAGGUGGUCUUCAGUCACAGAUUGGACUCGAUGAUCUCAGAGGUCUUUUCCUACUUGACUGAUUCUGUGAUUCCCCAGUGCAUCCCUUCUCCCCCUGGAUAGCAUCACUCCAGCUGCCGAAAUCCCACUGCUCUGUGGCAGUUUUAAAUUGUAGAGAAAAUGUCACUUUACGAUGACCUGGGGGUUGAGACCAGCGAUUCCAAAACAGAAGGCUGGUCCAAAAAUUUCAAACUGCUGCAGUCUCAGUUGCAGGUGAAGAAAGCAGCUCUCACACAAGCAAAGAGUCAGAGAACAAAACAGACCACAGUCCUUGCUCCAGUGAUUGACCUGAAGCGAGGUGGCUCCUCUGAUGAGAGACAGAUUGUGGACACACCCCCUCAUGUAGCAGCUGGGCUAAAGGAUCCUGUCCCUAGUGGUUUUUCUGCAGGAGAUGUGUUGAUUCCCCUGGCAGAUGAGUAUGAUCCCAUGUUCCCAAAUGACUACGAAAAAGUGGUGAAGCGUCAGAGAGAGGAGCGGCAGCGGCAGCGGGAGCUGGAGAGGCAAAAGGAGAUUGAAGAGAGAGAAAAAAGGCGUAAAGACAGACAUGAAGCCAGUGGGUUUUCAAGACGACCCGAUCCAGACUCUGACGAAGAUGAAGAUUAUGAAAGGGAGAGGCGGAAAAGAAGUAUGGGAGGAGCCGCCAUUGCACCACCCACUUCUCUUGUUGAGAAGGACAAAGAACCUGUAGCAUCAUUCCCAUAUGAGGAGGAGUCCAGACCUCGGGCACCUUCUUCCAAAGCAGCAAUUCCUCCCCCAGUGUAUGAUGAGCCAGAGAGACCUCGUUCCCCCACGGGACCCAGCAACUCCUUCCUGGCCAACAUGGGGGGGACAGUAGCUCACAAAAUCAUGCAGAAGUAUGGUUUCAGAGAGGGCCAGGGGCUGGGCAAACAUGAACAGGGGCUCAGCACAGCGCUGUCCGUGGAGAAAACAAGCAAGAGGGGUGGCAAGAUCAUUGUUGGUGAAUCUACAGAGAAAGAAACAGGCAAGAAGGCGGAUUCCAACCCCUUGACUGAGAUACUGAAAUGCCCAACUAAAGUGGUCUUACUGAGGAACAUGGUUGGUGCUGGGGAGGUGGAUGAAGACCUUGAAGUUGAAACUAAGGAGGAAUGUGAGAAAUAUGGCAAGGUUGGGAAAUGUGUCAUCUUUGAGAUCCCUGGUGCCCCUGAUGAUGAAGCUGUAAGAAUAUUUUUAGAGUUUGAACGGGUUGAAUCUGCCAUCAAAGCUGUUGUGGAUCUAAAUGGAAGAUAUUUUGGAGGCAGAGUGGUGAAGGCUUGUUUCUACAACCUGGACAAGUUCAGAGUGCUGGAUCUGGCGGAACAAGUUUGAUUUUAAAAAUCUAGCUCGAGGUGUCAUUGUUUUGGCAAUCACGUUUUCAGCAGUAGGCUGGGAAUACAGAAGAGAAAAGUAGCUUUCCUAGCAGACUGGAAACGAGCCUCAUUGAAUGGAUUUUACACAUUCAUUGUGACUUAUGGUUUUUGUAAUAUAAAGCCCUUUGAAAGUAA